AUGCAUUUUUUGUUUUCAUUUAAAAAUGAAAUAAAAAAUUUAUUCAUUCCUUUCUAUAUUUAUACAAAAAGUACUAUUUGUUUUAUGAAGUUAAUUAAUUACUUCUUUUUAUUGGAAUCUCUUGAAUAAGCAAGAGCUGAAGAAUCUAAUCCUUUAUAACUUUCUCAUAUGAGUUAAGAUAUUGGAAUAACAUAAUUAAGAUUAUCUAAAUAUGUUUUUAUCCAAAAAGUGAUUAAAAUGCUUUAAAAAGAUAUCAAAUUUAUAAAGAGAACAUUUUAUUUUCAAGAUAUCAUCUUUAUGUCGAAUAGAAAAUUGUCGAUUCUAAGUAUCUAAAGCGAAGGAAAUAUUGGGUCUUGA